GCACAGAAUCAAGGUUACGUAACUCUAACUGGUCAACCUGUCAGGUCAACAACGAAGGGUAGCUUACAAAAAUCAUGGAUAAAAACAAUUCAUCUGCAGUACAACAAGAGGAAAAGUUAAUGUACCUAAGUCCGCCUAAAGAAGAAAGUUUCAGACCAACAAUGUUUGAAACAAAACGCGACAGAGAAAUCCAGGAAAAGGGGGCAUUCAGGGCACUGUUUCUGCCUUCUGUCAUGGAAAAUCCAUUUGUACUUUUAGGUUUAGGUAUGACAGUUGGAGCAUUGGGAUUUGGGUUAUACUAUAAUGUGAAAGGACAGCGCCAAAAGUCACAGUCAAUGUUGCAGUAUCGUGUCAUUUUUCAGGGACUUACGAUCGUGGCGAUAGCUGGAGGUUACUAUUACAGAGACUAUAAAAGAAGAAAUCGCGAAGCAUUAAAAGAUUUGGAAUCUCUGAAGUCCACAGAAUAAUACUUGUCAAGACAUUAUAGUUUAAAGUACAUCAUCUGAUUCAAGUUUCAUUACGAAGGAAUUCUUUCAGGACCAGGGAUGCUUCAUGAAUUGCGCUACAUGAAGCUGUAACUGGAAUUACAGGAAGUAUUCCAACGAUUGAUGUUUGAACCUGUUCAUGAAGACAGUUGUGGAAGGGAAAAUAAGCAGGGUUGUUCAUGAACAUUUUGUGAAAUUGUGAUAAGAUUAUUCAGUUUUGAAUGUGAUCAUGUAUAUUAUACCAGAUUUAUAUAGCACCCUUUUCAUGAUAAACACGUUCAUCUAUGAUGUGAUGAUGUCAGUUUAAAUUUGAUAUAAGCUGUUUUGCUGUUGCAGUAUUAUGCAUCAUAUCACAUGUAAAGUUAGUCCAGCUUGUGGCAUGAUCGUUGACAGUGUCAGGGGAGGUAACUAGAACCAUGGCCCAAGAAUGAUAUACAAUAAGUGUGUUUGGCUUAAAGGUGACACAUAUGAAUUUUAUUUUAUACUUGUUUAUGUUUUAUGAACAAAAAUAUAAUUAAUAUCUUAGUGCAUCCUAUUUCCAGUAAUACCUUUCUGUUAUAUUUCUCAAAGGUUUGAAUAUUGAUUAACAAAGUAGAAAGUUUUAUUGAGUCCAUUGUGUUUUUUUUUUAUUACAUUCCUUUAUAUUUCUAACUGUAAGAGUUCAUGUACAGUAGAACUUUUGCUAAGUACUCUUUUGAGUGAUAUUUAAAAUUGGGUCAUGAAAAAUGGGAUGUAUUAUGUGAUGGCCCAUGUGCCUGUCUCAUAAUUUGUGUCCAGAGCAGAACUUUUAAAUUAUUCAUUUUGCGUAGUGUAACAACUUGGCCACCAGGUCAAAGGUCAGGUCACAAAUGGAGCUCACAGGUCAAAAUUGACUAUGGUCUUUCAUGUCUUUUGGGCAUAACUAAUAACCAUUCAAGGUAUUAAGACUUUAAACUCUGGAUAUAGGUAGGUGAUGAAGAGAUAUGCAGAUGGACAAAACUAGGUUUGAUGGUUAAAAUCAAGGUCAAAUCUGUAUGUGUCCAGAGCAUGAACUUUAAGAAUAGGUCAAAGCUCCUGGUCUCGGAUUGAGAUCAUAUGUCAUGUCCUGAGUACAAUAUGAUAACUGUUCAAAGUUGGCACAUACUACGUAGAUGGUAAUGAGACAAUGUGCAGAGCAUAUAAAUCGGGUUUGUAGGUGAAAGGUCACAGGUCAAAACAUGUCUGUCAUAUGUUGUGCCAAGGGCAUAAUUUAAAAAACAUCUAUAGACAUAAAACUUGGCAUAUAGAUAGAUGUUGAUAGGGCUGAGCCUUGUACUGGGCGUGGGGGUGGGGGUUGGGAGUAGUUAAAACAUCUAAAGCUUUGGGCUUAUUUUGCACUGCUUAGUGCAACUCUUGUUAACAAUGUUCGAUAUAAUUAAGAUACUAAUUUAUAGAUUACGGUGUUCUUAAAUAUUUAUCAUUUUUAGAUCCAUGUUGCUAAUAACAUGUUUUUAAAGUCCAUAUUGAUAACAUUUUUUCUUGAAAACUGACUUUUUUUCAAAAAUUGAUUUUGCAUCUAUUACCAUGAUCAUGUUCUUUAAAACUUAUUUUAAAAUAAAUAAAGAAAAAACUGUUA